AUGUCAUCUCUGGGACCAUUAAUAUGUGCCAAAUUUGACUCCACCGUAAGUUACUUAGCAAGUGGUGUAAUUGCAUUAGAUACUCAUCAAGUUAAAGUCAGAUCUAUAAAUACUUCAUCCCAAUCUUCAUUAAAUACAUCCUUUUCCUUGGAAAAAUCAAACAAAUUAACAAGUUUAAGUUGGAUCCCCAUCAAUUCUCAACCUAUAUUGGCUAUAAAUUUAACUAAUGGAACUAUUUUAAUAUAUUCUCCUCAAACUAAUGAAGUGAUAUCUGAAUUAGUUAGUCCUAAUAACCUUAGUAUUGUUGAUUUCCAUUAUUCACCAUAUACAAAAUCUGGUUGGGCUUGUGAUAUAGAAGGAAAUAUUUAUGAAUGGGAUUUAAAUAAUUUUAAAUUGAUUCAAAAUUUUAAUUUAAACGAUCUUUUGGAAUCAGUAGAAAAUGUUAAUAAAGUUUCAAGUAUCUUAUAUAAUAAUCAACCUCAUUUAUUAGUGGGAUCUCAUUCAAUUUAUCUUUUUGAUAUUAAAAAUAAAGAAAUCGUUAAGACUUAUCCUGGUCAUGUUCAACCGAUUAAUAAUAUUUAUCCAUUACCUAAUGAUAAUGAUUUAUUCUUAACCAGUGCUAAAGGAGAUAGAUUUAUUAACUUAUAUUCAGUUGAAAAAGCAUCUACUAAAUCAGUUUAUGUUUCACAAUCCUCAGUAUCUGAUAUUAGUUAUGGAAUUAAAGAUGAUAAAUCAAUUUUAUUAAUCAUAAAUGAAAAUGGGAAUUUAGAAAUCUUUAACGAUAUCUUAUCUCAAAAACAACAAACUUCACAACCAUCAACCCCAUUAUCUAAGAAAAAGAGAAGACAACAAUUAUCCAAUGUUCAAUCAUAUUCAUCAAAUGCAUCCUUAAAAUUAUCUAGACCGGAAAUUGAAAUUAAAAGUCCUCAAGAUUCAAAUUUAAUUAUUGAUUCUAUUGGAAUUUAUGAUGAUUCUAUAAUAUUCUCAUGGUUAGAAAAUUCAAAUUUACCAUAUUUCGAAUCGAUUAAAUGGUUAGAUGAAUCAGGUCAAUAUACUAUCCUUAAUGAAAAGGUCAUAUUCAAAUCUAAACCAGAUUUAAAAGUAGUUAAUCAUUCAAGUUUUGGUCAUGAUAUAGCAGCACCAAAACUUUAUAGUGAAGGACAUGCUAUAAUCAGUGAUGGAACUCAAUUAGGAGGAUUAAUUGAUGAAGAUGAAGAAGGAGGCGAAGAAGAAGAAAGUUUAGCUGAAAAAUUAGAAAAACUUUCUAAUGAACUGAAAUCUCAAACUCAAAAUACUAAAAGCAAAAAGAAAUUAGGAGGGGAUAAAACUGGUACUUUGACUAUUAUAUUAUCUCAAUCAUUAAGAAAUAAUGAUCAUUCAUUAUUAGAAACUGUCUUGAGUAAUCGUGAUGCUCAAGUUAUUCAAAAUACCAUUGCCAAAUUAGAUCCUGCAUUAGCUGUGGUAUUAUUGGAUAGAUUAAGUGAAAGAAUCCAACGUCAAGCUUCCAGAUUCGAUCAAUUGAAUUAUUGGUUGAAAUGGAUUAUUAUAAUUCAUGGAUCAAUUAUAUCAUCCAUUCCUAAUUUAAGUAUAAAAUUAUCAAAUUUACAUUCGGCAUUAAUCAAAAAAGCAGACACUUUACCAAGAUUAUUGGAAUUACAAGGAAGAUUAAAUAUGUUAUAUGAUCAAAAUCAAUUAAAGAAAGAGAUUUUAAAAGUUGGUUAUGAAGAUGAAUCAGAAGAAAUCGAUAGUGAUGUUGAAUAUAUUGAAGAAAUUGAUGAUGCUAAAUAUUUAGGUAUUAUCGGAAGUGACGAUGAAGAUGAAGAUAUCGAUCUUGAGAAUGGUCACGAUGAUUACAUUGGCAGUGAUGAUGAAGAAGAAGCUGAUAUUGAUGGAUCAGUUGCAGAUGGUGAUGAUUAUGAUGAAGAAGGUGAAGAUGAUGGAGAAGAAGAAAAUUACAGUGACGUUGAAAUAGAUGUAAAUAAUAAUGAUAGAAUGGAAGAAGACGACGAUGAGUAA